AUGGAAGCGAAAACCGGUGGAUCCACGCCGGCUCCGCCGCCUUCAACGCGACGGCCGAGAGUGAGAGAAGUCAGUUCGAGAUUCAUGUCUCCGGUUACUUCUUCUUCUGCCUCUUCCUCCGCUGGAGAUCUCCAUCUUUUGAGUUCGAAUUCUCCGAAGCACAAUCACCACCAUCAACAACGAUCGGUUUCAGCUCAGAGGCAUAGACGUCAGUUAAAAUUGACGGAAGGAGACGAGAAUCGCUCUUCAGAGACGGCGGCGCGUAGUUUAGACUCGCCUUUUACUCUCUUGCAAGGCGGAAAAGUAUUAAAACAAGGCCAAUCGAAGAUUCUCAAGGAGAAUUCUCAUCGGUUUGAAACGCCUACUCCGAUUGUUCCACCGCUAUCUAAAUCUCGGUUUAAUGAACAACGGUUACUUACCGGUUCAGCCGCAACUAAGCUUCUCCAAUUAAGCGGCAUAUCUGCGUCAUCUAGUGAGAAUGAUCAGGAUCAAGUGCCAAUGCUUUCUUGUAGACCUCAUUCUAAAGUCUUUAACAAUUUUGUAUCUUCUCCUUUUAAUCGAUCUCUGAGUUCGCCAUUGUCGAGCUGCAACGGUCGUGAGAGUAGUUCGUUUUCGCGGUUAGGAUUGUCGUUGCCUCCCGUGCCACCGAAUUCGAAGAUUCCGGUGGAUACGAAAAAGCAGAGGAAGGUUUCAGAGCAAUUGGAAGAUGUGCAUUCUAUGAAACUACUUCACAAUCGUUACUUGCAAUGGAGAUUUGCCAACGCCAAUACGGAAGUGAAAACUCAAGCUCAGAGAGCACAAACCGAGACUAUGCUUUAUUCCUUUGGUUUGAAGAUCUCAGAAUUAAGGGAUUCUGUGCAAAGGAAACGCGUUGAGCUUCAAAGUUUAUCGAGAGUUCAAGCUCUUCUUUCGAUUACAGAAUCUCAAACUCCAUGUUUGGAGCAAUGGUCUACGACUGAAGAAGAGUAUUCGGCUUCAUUGUCGCAAACAAUCCAAGCUUUGUCCAAUGCUUCAUUACGCCUUCCGCUCGAUGCGGACAUCAUGGUUGAAAACAAAGAAUUAGCAGAAGCACUUGUCGUUGCUUCCAAAGUUAUGGACAACAUUACACAGAGUGUUGGAAGCUAUAUGUCAAAGGCACAAGAGAUGGAGAGUUUGGUGUCAGAAUUAAUAAGAGUGAGUAACAGAGAAAGAUCACUGAUAGAAAACUGCGGAAUCGCGCUUCUUAAAACGCAGGCUUCACAUAUUGAAGAAUGUUCUUUAAGGUGUCAACUUAUCAAGCAACAAAAGAAGAAUCAUGUUAGUGAACACAAUUCUUCUUCUCUUGAUAAAGAUUUAGUAGAAACAGUGCAGCAUUAUAAUCGAUGUAUGGAUUGA